CGAAGAUGGGGAGUAGUUGUUGUAAUCAUCGUGAAAUGAAUCAAUCUUAGUAAUAAAAACAUACAUAAAUUUUGACCCCAAUAAUGAAAUCUAAUGAUAAUUGGGAUUCCUUUUAGGAUGAUGAUGACUUAAUUUUACCAAUGCAAAAAUAUAAAACAUUAUGUGCAAUAUCAAAAACAGAACUUGAUUUUACAUAGGUUACUAAUCAGACGAAGAUGAAGUAGACAAUUUAAUUGCCAUCAGCUAGAAAAUCAGUUAAAAUAAGCUAUGAUAAUUUUAUUACGAUGAAAUAAGGAGAAUGGAAUGAAUAAUAUAGCAUUUUAAAAAAAUUAGGUUAGGGAAGUUAUGGAUGUGUAUGGUUGGGUAAACAUAAUAAGACAGGUAUCCUAAGAGCACUCAAAUAAAUUAAAAAGGAUUCAUUAUUAUUUGAAGAUUAAUAAAGAAUGUUAUCAGAGUUGAAUAUCCUUAAAUCUUUAGAUCAUCCAAAUAUUGUACGUGUUUUUGAAUGUUUUUAAGAAGAUGAACAAUAUAUAGUUGUAACAGAGUAUUUAAUUUUAAUAAAUUAAGAUAUCUUCCAGGAGGGGAGUUAUUUGAAAGAAUAAAGAAAUUAUAAAUAUUUAGUGAAAGAAUGGCAGCAGAUUAUAUAAAGUAAAUUUUAUAAGCAGUAAGUUAUUGUCAUGAAAAAUAAAUUGUCCAUAGGUAUUAAUAGCAAUUAAAUUAUAAUUAGAGAUUUAAAACCAGAAAACAUUCUAUUGAGUGGAUAGGGUGAGGAAAUUAAAGUAAUUGACUUUGGAACUUCUCGUCAUUUUACUUAAAACUUUGAUAUGAAAAAAAGAUUAGGAACACCAUAUUAUAUAGCGCCAGAAGUUUUAAAUCAGAAAUAUAAUGAAAAAGUAGAUAUUUGGUCAUGUGGAGUUAUUUUGUAUAUUUUUUUAUGUGGAUAUCCUCCUUUUGCAGGAAAAACUGAUAAAGAAACUUUAGCAAAAGUACAAGCUGGAAGAUUAAUUUUUGAUAGAAAUGAUUGGUCAACAGUAUCAAGUGAUGCUAUAGAUUUGAUAAGUAAAAUGCUGAAUUUAGAUGUUACAAAAAGAUAUUCUGCUUAAUAAGCAUUAAAACAUUCUUGGAUUCAAAAAAAUGCAAAAUAAGAAAUAAUUUCUUUGUAAUUACUAAGUAACAUAGAAAAGUUUUAGGUUUAAAUAUUUAUAUAUAUUAGGUAUAAAGUAAUUUUAAAAAAGCUGUUAUGACUUAUAUGGUGAGUCAAACUUUACAAAGUUAAGAAAUUAGUGAACUAAAAGCUACAUUUAAUGCAUUAGAUAAAAAUCAUGAUGGCAAUUUAAGUAAACAAGAAUUAAUAGCUGGAUAUAGAUGUUUAUUAAGAAGCAAAGAAUAAGCUGAAGAAAAAGUGAAUUAAAUUUUAGAUACUUUAGAUUUAAAUCAUUCCAAUCUUAUUGAUUACUCAGAAUUUAUUAUGGGUGCAAUGAGAGUCGAAAAAUUAGUUUCAAUAGAAAGAAUUAGAUAAGCAUUUAGAAUGCUUGAUAUUGUAAUUAAUUUUAUAAUUUUAGAAUGGUGAUGGAUAUAUUUCAAAAGAAGAACUUGAAGAAGCUAUGGGAUUUUUAGAACCUGAAAUAUGGGAAUAGUUUUUAAAUGAUUGUGAUCUAAAUAAAGAUGGAAAAAUAUCUGAAGACGAAUUUAGUAAAAUUUUAACUACCACAUGA